UGGUGUGGUGCAGACUUCGGUGCACGACAUGAACCCGUCGGUGCUCGGCUCGUGCGGCCGCUUUGAGGAGCGUCAGGUCGGCAACGAGCGAUACAACAUCUUUAUGGAGUGUGCCGAGGCCAAGAGCGCCACGAUCGUGCUGCGCGGUGGUGCCGAGCAGUUCAUCGAGGAGGCUCACCGAUCGGUGCACGACGCGCUCAUGGUUGUGAAGCGCGCCGUGGCUUCGUCUACGGUUGUGGCUGGCGGUGGCGCCAUUGAGAUGGAGAUCUCGCGCCACCUGCGCCAGUACGCGCGCACCAUCGAGGGCAAGGCGCAGCUGCUGGUGAACGCCUACGCCAAGGCGUUCGAGAUUAUCCCUCGCCAGAUCGCCGAGAACGCCGGCCACGACGCGACCGACAUUCUCAACCGCCUGCGCCAGAAGCACUUCAAGGAUCCGGAGGAGGGCAAGUGGUUCGGCGUCGACAUCACUACGGGCGGCAUCUGUGACACAUACGAGUCUCACGUGUGGGAACCUGCGGCCAACAAGAUUAACUCGAUCGCGGCGGCGACGGAGGCAGCAUGCCUCAUUCUGUCCGUGGACGAGACCGUGCGUAACCCCAAGUCGGAGCAGCCGCAGGCCGGCCCCGCUGGUGGCGCGCCUAUGAGCGCGGCCAUGGGCGGCCAGGGCAUGCGUGGCAUGAUGGGCGGCGGCCGGGGAGGCCUCAGCGGCAUGGGCCGCGGUGUGCGCGCUUUCCGCGGCAAGGGUGGCGCAUAAGCGCCGCGCAUGCCGAUAUUUGCUGCGCCUUUAGGUAGAGACAACGCGGCCUGACCCCGACCCGGGAGGCUGCGCGAGGGCUUGUGACUUUGACUUUGAGGAGGGAGAGAGCCAGGCAAGAAACCGUGUAGGUGUGGGGGCCGUGGUAAAGUUGCGGCUGACGUCGACACAAAAACAUACUUAUUGAGUACAAGUUCACUGCCAAACUACGAUCGCAAACGUCUCGUUACGCAGAGCUACAAGGCUGCUACGUGCGCUGGAAGAGCACGCUGAGGGCUUGACAAUUGCUUUGACCCUGAAGUAGCAACCACGUUGAAGUUGGUGACCAAUCUUGCGAAUCUUUGAGCGACGCUUGGGUUAAGAUCUUUCAAGUGCUGGACGCCGUUCAUUUUCGGACUCUCCGGUCACUACCCAAGCGUCUAGGAAGCCUCGCUCGCCUCGCCCCUCGCAAGCACCAUGUUGAGUCGCAUGCUCAAGUCCAACGCCCGCUAUAUCGCGGGGGCCGGCGCCGUGACGCUCGGCCUGGCCGCGUCGACCAUGGUGCAGCCCAAGACCGCGGAGAGCUCCAACUCGACGGCCGAAGUGCUGCUGGACAUCUCGGGCCGCCUCAAGAACAUCGAGAGGGACCUGGGCAUCGGCGGCGGCGGCGCUGCGGCCGCCAAGUCCAAGUACAACAACUACCCCGUGCUCACGCCCAAGCACAAGAGCCUCAUGGCCAAGCACCUGACGCCCGAGAUCUACGACAAGCUCAAGGACCGCAAGACGGCCAGCGGCUACACAAUCGACCAGGCCAUCCAGACGGGCAUCGACACGCCCCACCUAGGCGUGGGCGUCGUGGCCGGCGACGAGGAGUCGUACCAUACCUUCAAGGACCUCAUGGACCCCGUCAUCGAAGGCUGGCACGGCUACAAGCCCACGGACACCCACAAGACGGACAUCGACCCGUCCAAGAUCCGCAACGGCAAGAUCCCGGACAGCUACGUCAUCUCGACCCGCAUCCGUGCUGGCCGCAGUGUGCGUGGCCUGGCACUGCCGCCUGGAACUUCGCGUGGCGAGCGUCGCGAGGUGGAGCGCGUGCUGUCCAAGGCCCUGAGCAACCUCACCAAGGACCUGGCGGGCAAGUACUACCCGCUGAGCAAGAUGACCAAGGAGGAGGAGCAGCAACUCAUCGACGACCACUUCCUCUUCCAGAAGCCCGGUGGUGGCACCUUGCUGACCAACGCUGGCGCCGCGCGCGACUGGCCCGAUGGGCGUGGCAUCUUCCACAACAACAACAAGACCUUCCUGGUCUGGGUGAACGAGGAGGACCACAUGCGCGUGAUCGCCAUGCAGAACGGUGGCAACAUCCAGGAGGUGUUCGACCGCUUCAGCCGUGGUGUGUCGGACGUCGAGAAGGUCGUCAAGGGCGAGGGCCGCGAGUACAUGUACGACAACCACCUGGGCUUCGUGUGCACGUGCCCGUCCAACCUAGGCACGGGUCUGCGCGCUAGCGUCAUGAUCAAGUUCCCGCACCUGUCCAAGGAGUCCGAGCGCUUCUACAGCUUGUGCUCUGCUCUGGGCCUCCAAGCUCGCGGUUCGAAGGGCGAGCACUCGCCCCCUGGCCCCGGUGGUGUCUACGACGUCUCCAACAAGGCCCGCAUCGGCUUCUCGGAAGUGGAGCUGGUGCAGACCAUGAUCGACGGCAUCUGGAAGCUCAUUGAGCUCGAGGAGGACCUGAAGAAGGGCCGCUCGAUCGACAAGAAGGUCGCCGCCAUCUUGAAGUAGGCCAUGCAUGCAACGCGAGACUUGAGACCAUCAAGCAGCGCUCUUGUGAAUGUUGAAAGGGUGGGGAGGUGUGACAGAUGAAGCCUCACCGCAUCAGUCAGGGAGGAAAUCUACGCGCAGUUGAGAGAUAACAACAUGAGCUGAAAAACAAAUAAAAAGUGAAGUCUCUUCAUC